GCCCGCCCCUCACAACUCCCCUUCUCUAAAACGUCGGUUUCGUUAUUUUCGCGCCUUUUUGGAGACCUAGGUUGACGUGCAUUUUCCAUCCGCUUACUUAUCCGAAUUAUCCGGGAAUUGUAUAGGGUUUCAGUUUGAUUUCUUGGAGGUCGGAAGGAAAAGGGAGCUCGAGAAUAUCGCUAAUUGCAUUUGACUGCAAAGAUGGUAACAGAAUUGAUUAAUGCAAAUCCCGUGGUCUAUGAAAGAAAGGAGAGGCGCUCUCGCCCUGUGCAGAUGGAUACUGACGAGUACGCCGUGGAGCCUAUAGACCAGCAGGAAGUUUUUGAUCAUGUUAGAGAUAUCAAAGAUCCAGAACAUCCAUACUCUUUGGAAGAGCUGAAAGUAGUAAGUGAAGAUGCAAUUGAAGUGAAUGAUGCACAAAGUCAUGUUAAGGUCACAUUCACUCCCACUGUCAUGCAUUGUAGUAUGGCGACCGUUAUUGGUCUUUGCAUUCGUGUCAAGCUCAUGAGAAGCUUGCCUUCCAGGUACAAGGUGGAUAUCAGAGUAGCACCAGGCACUCACGCAUCAGAGACUGCAGUUAAUAAACAGCUGAAUGAUAAGGAACGAGUAGCAGCAGCACUGGAAAAUCCAAACCUGCUGGGUAUGGUUGAUGAAUGCCUUGCUCCAACGUAUGCCUAGUGCGAAGUCAUUGGGAAGAGUACCUUUUUGGUAUAAGUGUGAGCAAUUCCCAAGUUAGAAGAUGCUGUAGCAACUUAUCCAGACACACUGCUGCUUAUAAAGGAAGCUGCUGCGAUAGGCACCUCAUCAGAUUCUGGCUGUCUUUUUACCAACGUCAGUUCUGAUUUUAGUUCAUGAAGGUUCAAUUUUGCACAAACUGUGAACUAUCCCUUGCAAAACAUUUACUCUUUUGGUAAAAAUAUGUUGCCGGUUCAUGUCAUUGAUUUGUCAUGGUAGUUUCUGUGCUAGAGUUAAUUUCAAAUGUCUGUUUGCAGAAAAGUAAAUAUGUGAAGGAUUCAUAGUGUCAUUCAUUACCAUCUUUCUGGUACUUUUCUCAAUGUUUGGAGCGAUUAUUA